AUGGAUGGAACUAUAUUGGAUUCUGAAGUAAUUUACCAGAAAAUCGUAACAAAAAUAUGUGAACGAUAUGGUCGAACUUAUAACCGUCAACUACAAAUCCAGAUGUACGGUGUAACUGAUCGCGAAUUAAGCGUUGCCGUUGUUCGUGAAUUGAAGUUACCGAUAUCCGUUGAUGAGUUUGAGAUGCAGCUGUCUGAUUCAGCCAAAAAACUGUUGCCAAGUGCGCCGUUGACAGAAGGGGCUGAACGACUCCUGACCCAUCUCAAUAAAUGUAACAUCCCUUUGGCUCUGGUUACCAACUCUACAGAAUAUGCGGUACGAAUGCAUGCCACUGAAAGGCCCGAACUUUUUGCUUUAUUCCAUCAUAAGGUAAGCAUUACUAACUCAGAAGUAAAUCGAGGCAAGCCGCAUCCAGAUAUUUACGUGUUAGCUGCAUCCAAAUUUCCUGCGAAACCGCGACCCAGUAAGUGUCUCGUAUUUGAAGACUCGAGAAUUGGUGUGGAGGCAGCGGUCCGAGCGGGCAUGCAAGUUGUUAUGAUUCCAGAUCAUCGGCUUGAGAAGGAUUUUACUCGUAACGCAACGCUGGUUAUUCGUUCCUUGUUACAUUUCCGACCAGAGCUAUUUGGACUACCCCCAUUUGAUGACUACCCGCGAAAAAAUUUAAAAUAA